AUGGUAGUACUUCGGCAUAGACCUGUCAAUGUCAACACCAAUUCCCUCACGUCUUCCCCUCUUUCACCCCUUCCUCUCUUUUAUCUUCUUAUCCCGCCGUACAUGGACCUCAUGAGUUCCCGAUUCAAAGCACUCGGCUUUGGAGGCAGGAAGAACAAGUCCCAGCCCAACCCUCCUUCGACUCUGAAUCUCCCUCCAAGUAUUCCAACAAGUCCUCCCCCGCCCUCCGGUCGCAGUUCCUCAACUGCAAGUCUACCAAUGAGCAACCAGAACCAACAGGGUCGCCCGCCAAGUUAUCGCCCAACGAGUCCGCCCAGUCAGCCCCCGCCUAUUUCUACCAAUCUGCCUUACAACCAGCCCAGUGUUCCUGUGAAUGGUCCUCCAGGUUAUGGAAUGCAGCAACAAAUGGGCACCAAUAUUCCAAUGGCAAUGUCGAACCCAACUUACGCGGGCCGUAACCCGGCAGUCGAGGUCGAGGGCGCAGGCCGCAGUAAGGCCCAGCUGAUCGUGGGUAUUGACUUCGGCACAACCUUCUCAGGUGUCGCAUACGCGUUCGCGACCAAUAAUGAGGCAAGAGAGGAUAUCAUCACAGAAUGGCCAGGCGCCGGAACCCACACCAAACAAAAGAUCCCCACUGUCCUCUAUUACGACCAGUACCAAAAGGUGGUAGGAUGGGGCCCCGAUAUCGCCGACGCGCUCGCUCCCACCGGCUACCCCAAGCCCGGGGUACAAAAGGUUGAAUGGUUCAAGCUUCAGCUGAUGCUCUCCGGAAACACAUAUAUUGAUCCUAUCAACCUCCCUCCACUGCCCCCGGGCAAAUCCGAAAUCGAUGUCGCGGCCGAUUACCUCUUCAAGCUACGACAGGCCGUGCGCGCCCAGCUACUCAAAACACUCGGAGAGGUCUUCACUCGCGAGGAACGCAACAUCAAGUACUACUUGACCGUACCAGCUAUCUGGAAUGAUGCAGGCAAGGCCGCGACGCGGACAGCUGCGAUCCAGGCUGGGUUCCUACGUGAUGAGAACGAUAACCGUCUGACUCUCGUCUCUGAACCCGAAGCAGCUGCGCUGUUUUGUGCCAAGAGCGGUCUGUUGAACCUCAAGGUCGGCGAUGCGAUCUUGAUUGUUGAUUGCGGCGGUGGUACCGUCGAUCUGAUUGCAUACGAGGUCGAGGAAGAAUCGCCCUUCAGUGUGAUGGAGUGCACUGCUGGAUCCGGUGACUCCUGCGGCUCUACAGCUUUGAACCGCAACUUCAGCAACAUCUUGCGCGCGAAGAUUCGGAAGAUGAAGCUUCCGGAUGGCUCGCGUACUGCUGGCAAGGUCUAUGCGAAGUGCAUCAUGGACUUUGAGAACCGUAUCAAGGCAGACUUCCGCAACAACGGACAAAAAUGGGCUGUGGAUGUCGGUAUCGAGGCUGACUUCCCUGAUGCUGGUAUUGAGGAUGGCUUUAUGACAUUUACGAAUGAGGAGAUUCUGCAGUGCUUUGAGCCGGUCGUCAACCGUAUUCUCGAACUGGUUCGCAACCAGAUCAUCGCCAUUCAAGCGCAGAACCGCGCACUUCAGAACGUUCUGGUUGUUGGUGGUUUCGGUGCUUCAGAAUACCUGUUCCAGCAAAUCAAGCUCCACGUACCGCCGCAGUACCAAACCAAGGUCGUGCGCCCAAUGGACUCCGUGGCUGCGAUUGUCAAGGGUGCGGUUACCGCCGGUAUCACCGAGCGGGUCAUCACUCAUCGUGUUGCUCGUCGUCAUUAUCUGAUGGCCACCCUACAGCCUUUCAAGGAGGGAUACCACCCAGAGCAAUACCGUGUGCCCAGCCUGGAUGGCCGCGAUCGAUGCAAAUACACUCGUCAAAUCUUCGUUCAAAAGGGAGAGCGUGUUCGCAUCGGCGAGCCAGUCAAGGUCAGCUUCUUCCGUCAAGUUGCGCCUGGCGCUACACUAAUGUACGAGGACGUCCUGUACGCCUGCGAUGAGGACGUCUGCCCCGAGUACACCAAGGAUCCACGCAUCAAGGAAGUUGUCACCCUAACCUCCGACCUCUCUCGAAAGAACCUAGAGACCGACUUCGAGCGUAUGGAUACACCCCAAGGAAUCUUCUACCGGGUGUACUUCGACAUUUACCUCACGCUAGACGGCAGCGAAUUCAGCGCCGAACUAGUCUGCCAAAACGAGAUCAUGGGCCGCUGCCGUGCCAAGUUCAGGUGA